CUUCCAAGACCUGCGGUAAGCUCCGGGACUUCCAGUGUCUACGGCGUGCGUGCUCGUUCCCGGUGCUCCACGUGGCCAGCGUCGCAGUUCUUGGUCCCGCCAUGGACGAAUCGCUCCUCCUGUCGCUGUCGGACGACGUGCUCCUGGCCGUGCUGUCCUACCUGAGGCCCGAACAGCUGUUGCGCUGCCGCAUGGUGUGCCGUCGGCUCCGGGAGCUGUGCCUGCACCAGGACCUGUGGCGGAAAGUCAAUCUGUUGGACCGGGACAGGAAUGUUCUGCAUGCUGCACUCGGUGUCGCGCCGUGUCUUUGCUCGUUGCAGUGCGGUGUUCGUACGCCCAUCGCCACCCUGGGCUUCCUUGUGGUGCGCACCCUAUGCGUUGUCACGAAGCUUGUGUUGACUGUUAAGAGCGCUACCGAGGCUGCUUCAGCCACGGCAGUUAUUUACAAGCUCAGUGCCCUCGGCGGUUUGAGAAAGCUGGAACUGGACAUACAAUACGACCAUGCAGAGUGCCGCAUGGCAACGAUGACCCUGAUGAUGGCAGCGUACAGCAUCCAGGGUCUAAAGGAAUUCAAUAUCACCAACUCUGGGUUAAAGCCACUGCCAGCUUUAACAGGAGACCUGGACGUGAGGUUCUCCUUAACUCGGCUUGUCUACUUUGCACGUGAUGCAGACUCCUUCCUGCUGCUACUGCUUAAGACUCACGCCGCAACUCUUCAGACCGUGCAACUUGAAUUUUUGACUGACGUCCCUGUGUCAUCAUUGGCAAAGCUUCAUGAGUUGCGCUAUUUGUCAUGCUACCCCAGUGGGGACUUGUGGCAGCUGGCAUCUUUACCAAAGCUCGAGUCGUUCGCACCGUCGUGGACACCCGGCAGCCUUGCCCCAUCGGGCGCAUUGUACUUUCUUUCUCAGGCGCCACAUCUGCGAACCUUGGUGAUCCGUCCCACCUGCACGAACCCCGAAGCUCUCCUUCGGUCUGUGGUUGGGUCACGCUCUGCUCAGUUUCUCCGAAAGAUUGACUUCUCCGCUUCAUCGAAUGUCUGGGACCUCUGCGUGGCACCCGCCCUGUCCAACUUCCACUCCCUCAAGUCCCUGGACAUGGGCUGCGAGCCUUCAGACUUGUUCUUGCGGGCUGUUAGCCCUGCAUCGGUGCCCUGCCUCACGUCCUUGUUUGUGGCCUUCAGCAAAGGUUCCUGCCUCCACGCUUGGUUCCACCGCCCCGCCAUUCAGGACGUUCUCGUGAGGAACCCUCAACUGCACCUUCGACGCAGCAUAUACCUCACCUCUGAGAACCGGUACUAUGGGUACUCCUCGUACUGUGCCGCUGAAGACGGCAGCUGUAUGUGGUGCCACUGGGGUUGCCACGGAUCGCUGAGGAAAGUAUCUUGGAAUAAAAUGGCCGCCUCAGCCCACGUCAGGAGAGCUACCUGCCCUGUUGCUGUUGACUGCGUGAAAGUGGCCGGAUCAGCUUGCCCGUCCUGCGGCCACCAAAGUUGUCCCACCAUCUGAGGACCGAAUGGUUUUCAAAAUGCGUGCAGUUUAACCGGGCAUUGCAUCCCAUAAAUGUUGGUUUAUCUUAUACCCGUCUGUUACAUAUGCAGCACCGUCCCUCGCAACGUUGCAACGAACUCUAAAUUUGUUCUGAUUGUAAUGUACGGUAAUAAGAUUAAACUAUAUAAGUAUGCCCAAUGUUCCUAGAGGGAAAUUGUCAUUUAAAUGUGUCUACAUCGAACGUUCCUUGUCGUCCUGUGUGUUGCGCCUUAAUUUAAGGACCUCGAUUCAAAACUAUGUGCUGAAGUAAAUUAAA